AUGUUUCUUUUUUCUUAUAUUUUUUAUUAUUGCGGUGCAGCUUGUCAAAGUCUCGAACCGGACUGUCUUUUACCAUUUUAUUUUGGUUGUGCAAAGAUUAUACUUGUUGGCGAUCCUCAACAACUACCUCCAUGUGUGCUCAGUCCUGCUGGUCAAGAACAUAAUCUUUCGCAAUCACUUUAUGAUAGACUAAAUGAUAUAAUUCCUCCAAAAAACAUCAGCAUGCUUACUGAACAGUAUCGCAUGCAUGAAGAAAUAUGUCAUUUUCCAAAUAACCACUUCUAUGAUGGUCAACUUAUUACACACGAGAGUGUAAUGAAUUACUGGGCUGAUUAUCCAUUAAAACCCUAUUAUUUAUACAAUCUAACUUAUACCACUCAUCAAUGUCCACCCAAUGGCGGAUCAUCCGACAAUAAAGAAGAACGGAUAUUUAUUAAAAAAUUCUGCAUCAAAUUACUUGAGCAGCUUGUUGAUCGGCAACCUUACCUUCCAAAUGACCCGGAAUUCAUUGAAAUGGAAAAACGUAUUGUCGUUAUUACACCAUACAAGGGUCAGAUGAAAAAAUUCCGUAAGCAGUCACUUCAAUUUCCACGUCAUAUAGAAGUACUGACUGUGGAUAGUGCACAAGGAAAGGAAAAGGAUAUCGUUCUCAUCUCAUGUGUUAGAAGUGGUGAAGGUAAAACAAUCGGAUUUUUAAAUGAUAAACGUCGCUUAAACGUCAUGUUAACAAGGGCAAGACGUGCUCUAUAUAUCUUUGGUAAUUUAAACUGGUUAGCAGAACAAGAUUCUCAUUGGAAUGCAUUGUUUGAUGAUGCUUCAGAUCGACAAUUCAUCGAUACUGUGCCUAACAGCGAUCACCCAGUCAGUUUAGCUCUUAGAGACGACUGA